UGACGACAGAACAUUUCCUACCAGUGAUCCAGGACAGAAAGCGAGGGGUGCUCGAGCACCCUAAGCACCCCCUCUGGCUACGCCACUGGUUUUGUAUUAUAGCAAGACUGGGAAAGUUGCCACCAUUAUCAUUCUUAUUUACACAAGAAGUUACUGAUUUUGUCUGUUCUGUGGUUUUGAUUUUGUAAUUCUGAUUCUACUUUACUGAUUUUGUGGCUACAUUUUUGAUGUGUUUGCAUGACUGGUUUGUCCUGUCACUCUACUGUAUUGUGGAAUAAGCAAUAGAAAGUAAUUGACAUUUUUACAGAUCAAUGCAAUGGCCAACAAAGCAGCAGGAAAAGGUUAUGAGAAUACAAAUUUUUGUUAUGAGAAUACAAUUUUGUUAUGAGAAUACAAAACAGCAAAAUUGAGUUUCACUUUUUGGGAAUUCCCAACAUUCAUGUGAUGUGUGACAGUUUGUACAAACUGGUGGAAGUUGUGUCAAAUCCUAGUUUGAGUAUGAUAGAGUUUCUCAGUGGUAUUGCGAGCAGCAGUUGGUUGAAACAUAUUAGGAGUGUCAUGGAGACAUCAAUUUUUAUAGCAAAGAAGUCUCGUCAGGUUUUGGCGAGAAAUGUACAGUCAUCGUGAUCACCCUGUGCUCCUUCUGCAACCAACACAAUCUUGUCUUGCAAGCAUCGUACGAAAAACAGAGAAUUGGCGAAAAGAGAAAUCAGUCCUAGAACAUGCUAAUACGUACAACACAGACAGAAUCAUGGGAUAAAUACAAUAAUAAAUCAACAGACAAGCAGACAGAAACAGAAGUGUAUUGCAAGACAAGAGUAACAAAAUAAUAAAUUUUAGUAAGCAAAUGUACCUCAUGUGUUGUAACAUAAGAAUGACACACAUUGAUGCUUCUUGACAACAAAUAAUGACUCGUGUGCAUUAUGGAUACAAAAUAAUUGAAAUAAAUGUUUAUUGAAUGUUGAUGUCAAAUAUUAAUUAAAUAGCUGACCACUCAAUGAACAUUGAAAAUAAUCAAAAUUUUAUUUCUAUUUAUGUCAAUGUAAUUUAUUUAUUUGUGCAAAUAAUACACACACAUGUUACAAUUCAUUUUCUCUAUUAUUUAUUUCAUUCUAGCAGGAGAGUGAUACCAAUGCAAAAACUUUAUGGUUAUGAGAAUAGAAUGUCCUUUUAGUAAGUUGAUGCCCAUUAAUUAAUAAACGAAUUAAGUUAAUUAAUUAACUUAAUAUAAUAUAUUUGCGCAUGCG